UUAUCCAAGACAGAAGAGAUUACAAGAGUGAAAAAAAUGUGGCAAAUACAUGUAGCAGAAAAUGAAAUUUAUAUACUUAUACUUGGAAUAUUGUUCACUGUAUUUAUUGGUUUUAUCUCCAUCAAGUUAUUCCAAGUAAACUUUCCUCAGCUUACUUAUGGUCCUGCCAAAGAAACACCUAUUGUGUUUGUUGCAAUCAUGUUAGCAUUGCUACUUUAUGCUAUAAUGUGUUUUGUUGAAAAUAUUACUGGCACCUGGCUGCAUAUGAUUUUACAUCAUUUUUGUACUUUCACGGUUAUCCUCUUAGUCAUAUUAGUAAAUCUGGGUUUAUGGUUCAGGAAAAAGAUUACAGGUGCACUAAGAGAAACCAUUUUUAAAACAGAGAAACAAUCAUCAUCUCCAAAGUUCAGUGUAACAAGAAAAAGUCAGUAUGGAAGACAGAUGUCAAGAAGAGGUAGUAAACAACAAAAUACAUGUACCAACAAGAGCGUGUCUCCUAAAAAAGAGAGGAGAGUCAACAUAGAUUAUGAGAGGGAAAUUAAGAAGGCUUAUGUUCAGGCUAUCUGUUCAGUCCACAAAGACAUUACAGAGGAAACUAUCAAGAAGGCUAUGAGAUAUAUGAAUGACAGAGGAGUAUUCACAACUGAAAGGAGAAAGGCAGAAGUAGUAUUGAAGAAUAUAGAACACAUUCAAAAUUUAAAGGGAUGGGCCCCAAACUCCGGCUUGACAAGAAUUCCAGGCGAGGAGUUUCCAAAAGAAUUGACAAGGAAACAAAUUGAAGAUCUGUUAAUAAAAAUGGACUUUUGGAAACCUCUUGAUAUCAAUGUUAUCCUUCAACAGAAUUUCAGCAAAUACGGUUUUUACCCUAUACCAACAGAGUUCCAUAACAUCUAUGAAGAAAAGAAAGGUAAUAUAGCUGAACUGAUGAUGACAAGAAAGAGAUAUAGAGAAGAAAACAUCAUUUUGAGAUCUAAGAAUAAUGAUUUGCAGCAAGAAAAUGUUGCCAUUAAGCAAAGCACCAUUUCAAAGGCAGCAUAUCAGCAACAGUUGGGAGAUUUACAAUCUAAAUUAUCCUAUUUACAAAAUAGACUUUAUUGUAAAAUCUGCUUUGAGAACAAAUUAGGAGUGAAAGUUCUUCCUUGUCAGCAUGUUUUUAGUUGCAGGGAAUGUUUUGAAAGGACUCCUAAAUUAAAAUGUAUCAUUUGUCAGGGUUUAAUUCAGAACUUGGAAUUAUUUUGUUUACCUUAAAACCUAUGCAUGAUACACAAUAGUUUGAAUCUUUGACAAAAACAUGAUUGAGAUUUAAAAUUUAGCAAAAAUUGACAAAUGGGGGCCAGUGUUUUAGUAGAUGAAAUAUUCAAUAUUCCCAAAACUUAAGAAACUAUGCAGAAGAGCAUAGCAAUUGGUAAAUCAUUUCUUUUCUUAUAAAUGUGAUUUUGAUACUGCUGUUUUUUAUUUUAAAUUUAAAUGUUUUAAUGUAGUGACCAUCAGUAUUAAUUUGAGAUUUACAGUACAAGGUACAAAUGUAUAAGAAAAACAAAUAUCAUUCCUUCAUUCUGCAACGAUCAGUUAUACAGAUAUUUUUUUUCUAAACACCAUCUUAUAUAGAGCUUACUAUUGAUAUGAAUGUCUGCUGAUGAUUUCAGAUCAAGUUUACUUUUGGUUCCACUCCAUUGAUUUUUUUCUGAAAUUUACUUUGAAAAUUUCAUUAAAUUAGAAGUUAUACAGACUUUUUUGAAAACACCUUCUCAUAUCCUGAGCUUAUUUUUUUUAUAUUUCUGUCUACUUUAAUGAGAAACAGAUUGAGAUUACAAUUGGUUAUGUUCCACUGAUUUUAGCAAAAAAUAUGUGCUCCUCAGCAUUUUUUGCAAGUAAGUCACAUGUUGUUUUGACAAUUCUAGUUUUAAUGAAUAUUAUUGACUUCUUUUCUGUUAUACAAAAUAGAACUUUUGAAUUUGUUUUACCAGUUAAAAAUUUCCAAAUACUAAUAAGUAUCUUCCAGUAUUUCUGACAUGUUAAUAAUUGCUUUGUGAGUUCUACAGUAUAUAUAACACUUUGUUACGCUAUAUAGAAAAAAGAAAGCAUAUUGCAUUUCAAUGCAAUACAAAAAACUACAGACAAUUUAACAUGAAAGAAAAGGAAAAGGGUAUUUUAUGUCUGCUACUGAUCUCAAAAUCUUCAAAGAGGUAAUGGCUUAAAGAAAUAAAUCGUUUGGAGGUUUUACUUUGAAUAUAGUAAAAUGACAGUUCAAUAAAUCAUAAAUUUUUAGUAGGUAUAUCAUUUCUAUGGCAACAGUUUUGUAAAUAAUGAUUUUUGUUGCAUUAUUUAAUGAAAUUAUUAUAUUUUUAUGAACUUCUAAUUACAUAUAUAUUACAUGUAAUUUUAUAACAUAUCGUAUACAUUUAUAGUGCUUUUUCACUAGUCAUGCAUUAGAUUAUUAUUAUAUACUGUUUGUUUUUCUCUUUAUAUUGUUGUUUCAUAAAUACUAAUGUUUUUACAAAUAUAACUUGCAUAUUUAUUAUAUUCUCAUGUUAGAUCUUAUAAUGUUUGUUGUCUUUUAGUCUUGAUAUUGUGUAAGAAAAAUGUAUGAUAUUUGGAAGCGUCACAAGCAAGUUCAUGACCAGCACAUAUAUUAUCCUAAAUCAUCAUGGAUAGUUAAGAUAAGGUAAAUUUAACAAAUAGUACUGGUCAGUAAAAACAUUGAAUCUACAAGACAUCUUAGGCAGCAACCAUUUGAUUUCUGUGGGGUCAGGGGCUAUGGAUGUUUUUCCAGGACAAACUUUUUUUUCGCCUUGGCGAAAACAAUCUAUUUUUUUGGCAUCAAGUCGCCAACAAUUUAUUUAUUUCAAUUUUAGCAUUAAAUAUAGUGGCAGUUAAGGUGGUACCCAACACUUUCACUAAAAUUAAUUUGGCUCGUUUAAUUUUCAUGAAAUUUUGACAAAGUAUUUACUUUGACCCUUUUACAAAAAUAUAAAAAAAAUCAAAAAAUUUGAACCAAGCG